UCGGACGAGCUUCUGGACACCUGCUCUGCACCUGAAGAUAUCUGAAGACUUGAAGAUGAAACUCUGCUGUGUUGUGGCUGUUGCUGUCCUUGUUGUGGCACUCUGCUCCCAGGCAAAGAGCCAGGGCAGCGCGGGACCGGAUGUAUGCUGUUUUAAUUAUUACCCGAAGCGACUCCCCGAGAAACGAAUGAAAUCCUAUAAAAUCACCCACCCCAACUGCCCUAAAAAAGGGGUGAUCUUCACCACUGUGGGGAACAAAGCCGUGUGUGCCAACCCAGAGGACCAGCAGACCCAGGUCAUUAUGGAGAAACUGGACAAGCUGUGGGUUACGGAACCCACCCCCAGUUCUCGUUAACACGUUACCACCAGUGAGGUCCACCAGCACAAGCUCGAAAGAGUUACAACGGAAGUAACGUCCUGUUAUUCCAUAGCUUUUGCACAGAAAUAUUCUGUAAUUUCUCCACUGAAUUUCCCUCAGUGCAGCCCUUUAAGAUAACAUCUGCAGA